ACGCUGUGCGGGCGAACGCCCCUACCAAUGAUGUAUAAACGUUGGUGCGCGCGGGUGCGGGGCACUCGGCAAGUUGUUGCGUUUUGCUGUAUUUCGUCCGCUGGCUACAACGCUGCUGGCUGUACAUGGACAUUCAUCAUGACCAAAGGGAGAAGUACGAAAUUCAGUGCGUCGGUCGUAAACGAAGUGGAUUGCAACGGCGAUGCUAUCAGCAAGUGGUGCAAGCCAGGUGUAAAGGACACGGAGGCUUUUUGAAUUUUUUGCAGUGUGUCAAUUUCCUGUGCCCAGCAUGGCACUGCUGCUGUCAAGCGGCAUGUAAGCCAAAAGAAGCAUUUAGAGGCAGCAGCGAAGCGGCGAGACACAAGUGGUGUGCUGCUAGCUCCCAAAACUGUGCAAGCCACGAUAGAUUUUUUGCAGGGAACGCCUCGUGCCACAUUGCAAGAUCAAGUGUGUGGGGCGGAAGCCAUUUUCGCUAUGGCUGUUGUUUCAAAGGACAUUCCCUAUGCCUGGGGCACCACUGCUACGGACAUUUAUGAAAAAAUGUUUACUGACAGUGACGUGGCCAAAAAGUUCAACUGCGCAAGGGCCAAGCUUUCUUACGUCAUCUCUGAUGGGCUGGGGCCCUUCUUCAAAUAAAAGCUCGUUGCAGAGUUGUGUCGGCCGAAAGUGUUUUUUGUCCUUGUGAUUGAUGAAACUCCAAAGCCUGAGCAGCGUGUCCAGCAGUUAGAUCUACCUGUGCGGUAUUUCUCCGAGAGUAGGCAGCAGGUGGUUGUUGAGCACUUGCAUUCGUGUAACCUUGGCCGGGCCACUGGUGACAUAGUCGUGGAGUGCAUAGAGGAUGCCCUAGCUGAGCUACCGGGUCAAGGCUUACUCUGCUUCUUCAGUGAUGGCCCUGACGUCAUGAAGAGUGUGAAGUCCAAGUUAAAACAAAGAAUUAACCCAAAUCUGGUCGACGUGGGAGAGUGCACUCUGCACAAAGUGCACAAUGCAUUUUCAAAGGGCCUAGAUGCAUUUUGCUCUGAUAUUGAACAAGUUGUCAGAGAUGUGUACUACUAUUUUAAGCAUUCAUCUGUGCGUUCUGAGAGCCUAAAAGAACAGCAAGAACUCUUGGGUUUAGUUCCUCAUGUUUUUCUCCGGCACGUGUCCAACCGCUGGCUGACACUACAGGAUUCGCUAGGCCGUGUGCUAGAACAGUUCACUGCUUUGCAGUCUUUUUUUGUGGAGAAGAGCCACGCUGUGCGUCAACCAAAUGCCCAGACUCAGCACAACAGGCUCGCUGCAGCUUUUGCCAGCAAGACUCUGUUUGCUAAAAUGUUGUUUCUAAGAAAUGCGGCAGAACUUUUUGCUGGGUUUUAGCGCUUGUCUCAAAAGCAGGAGCCACUUCUACAUGUCCUUCAUGAUGAAAUCCUGGCACUGGUGCGAGGAGUUUUGAGCCGGGUCUUAAGAAGUGAAGUGUAUUGCACCAAGACUGCAAAAGAGUUGACAAAACUGAACCUGGACAAUGGAGCGUUCCGGAAGGUGCGCCCGGAAGUUGGGAUGGACACUGAGAAGGCUAUGGAAGGCUGGGACCCUGCAGAAAAAAAAACUUUCCACCUUGGGGCUCGUGCAUUCUACAUCACUUGUGCAAAAGCACUUCUCCAGAAGCUUUCUCUCACAAACAAAGUAAUCAUGCAUGCAAAGUUUCUUGCCUUGAAAUGUGAGAAUGCUGAACAGGAGGUGCGGUCCUUGCGGUACAUUGCCGGGCAGCUGCAGCCUCAGGUCAUUUGUGGGGAUCAAGUGUCAUCGCUGAUCGACGAAUGGAACAUGCUCAAGUGUGAUGGGGACAGAGGCACCCUGCACUUGGAAGGAAGGGUGGAUGUGUACUGGGCCAAGGUGCUUUGCCUGAAGACUACCACCGGAGAACUGAAGUAUCCGUUGCUGUCUAAGAUUAUCAAAGCACUGCUUUGCUUACCACAUGGCAAUGCUGAUGCUGAAAGAGGUUUCAGCGAAAACAAGAACCUGUUAGAUGGAAGAAGCUCGCUGAGCAUUGCCAGCAUAAAUGGCAUGCGCCAAGUGAAGAGCUUCCUUCAGCAUUAUGACGGGGACGCAACUAAGGUGCCACUCAACGCCGACCUGCUUAGGAGUGUGAGGCAAUCACGGGCUAAGUAUGCGCAAAGAUUGAGCCUCGAGGCAAGCUCGAGCAAACGCAAGGCAACGGAAGAUCCUGUCGUAAAGCAGCCCACUCACGAAGCAGCAAAAGCUGCUUUAGAGGACCAAGUGGCAGCCAGCAAGGCAUUGCUCACGAGUGCAGAAGAAAUAAUCAACGCAGGUGUCAAGAAAAAAGACAUGAAUAAAGUGUCAAGUGGCCAUGUACUGUUGGCAAAGGGGAACGCCAGCCUGGAGAUUGCGCUUAGAAAGCUCAGUAAGCUCGAAGAGAUUUCUAAAAAAAGAAAGCAUUAAUGUGUGGUGUCUAGACUCGUCAAGUUGAAUGGUGUCUGAACUAGUCAAGUGGAGUGAUUGAACUUGUCAAGUUGUCAUGUCUCUAUUAAUCAAGUUUUAUGAGCUUCUUGCCAUAUGCAAGAUCACUUGUUUUUGUCUUGUUAAUAGGUGUGAAAGCUGUGUGUUAUUAUGGUUGUGCGAAUGUUCUCGGCUGUUUAUUUGCUAUUUAGGUCAUCUUAUGGCAAAAAAUAAAAUGUUUGAAACUGCUCCAAA